UGUGCGUAAUGACGCGCUGUCUGUCGCUCUGCAGGAGAUUUGAUCUGGGUUGUUGUGUUCAGAUGAAUAUACACAACACGUGCUUCUUCACGCUCUAUAUUUGAUAUCAUUCUAUUACUGUGUAAGUUUCUCUUCCGUCCUUGUUUGUGACCAUGGAUCAAUCGAUUGCUUUGACGACAGUAAACCAGAGUUUGAAAGGAGAUGCGCUGGUAUAUCCGGUGUGCUCAGAAUGGAGGGAAUAUCCAGAAGGAUCAAUAUUUCAUCUCGCCAAUAUACUCCUGGUUUUGGGAUUUAUGGGAGGUAGUGGUUUUUAUGGAUUGCUUUACAUGUUCUGCUUUUUAACGCUCGGUUUUUUCUGUUACUCGAUCUCGGCGUGGUCCGAUCCCUGCACAAACGACUCCUUCUCGUGGACCUUUGUGCUUUUCGUCAUUUGUUUGGCACAAGUUAUCCAUGUUUUAUACAGACUGCGAAGCGUCACUUUUGAUAAGGACUUCCAAGAUGUCUACGAAUACAUGUUCAAAAAGCUUGGGGUGUCCUUGAUACACUUCGGGAAAAUCGUGACGUGUUGUGAGAAGGAUAUUCACACUAUUGAGAAAGACCACUGCUUCGCUAUGGAGGGCAAAACCGCUAUUGACAAACUGUCAGUUCUUAUUUCAGGCAGGAUACGCGUGACAGUGAACGGGGAGUUUUUGCACUAUAUUUAUCCCUUUCAAUUCCUGGACUCACCCGAGUGGGAUUCACUAAGACCUUCAGAGGAGGGUGUUUUUCAGGUAACUUUACGCGCAGAUUAUCGUUGCCGGUAUGUUGCGUGGAGACGAAAGAAACUUUAUCUCCUGUUCGCGCAGCACCGCUACAUCGCCAAGAUCUUUGCGCUGCUGGUGCGCAAUGACAUCGCGGAAAAGCUCUUCUCUCUGAAUGACAAGGCUUUCGACAGCCGGGGAUUCCGCUAUGAUCUCCGGUUACCGAGCUUCUGUCACCAGCCUGAGACAGAAAUAGAAAACACGCGUGAAUCUCGGCCUGUAACUGAAACAAUGAACCCAAUCAAGCAGAAAACUUCCUGAGAAACCAUGCCUUUAAACUGUAUUCAUUAAGUCUUAAUCAGUGUUUGACAAUAUCUACUUUCAUACUUUUUAUUGUGUGUAUGUUUUUGUCCCUGUGAAAUGAAAUUGCAAUAAAGUUCUUUGCAUUUUGAUUA